AUGGCGGGGCGCCCGGUGCUGCUGCUGCUGCUGCUGCUGCUGGCGGGGACCCCGCGCUCCGCCCGCGCCUGUCCCGGGACCCCCGGCCCGGCCCCGGUGAGCCCCGGCCCGGCCGCGCCGUCGGAGCGGGGGGUCCGGUCGGGCUGGGGGCCCCAGGCCCGGCUCAGCCCCCGCAGCUGGGACCCCCCGGCGGCCCCGUUCUGGACCAUGGCGACCCCGCAGCGCUUCGGCCGCCGCCGCUGA